AUGACGUGCCUCGGGAUCAACGGCAUUCGUUUCAAGAAAUGCAGCAGGCCGGACUCUUUUUUGCCUAGAGCUACGGAAACCGCAGCAGGUGUAGCAGGAACGGCAGGAGACUUAGGAGCAGUUGAAGCAGCCGGAGCGGUAUCAGGACCGAGACAGGGAGAGCCAGGGGAGAUUCCACUAGCACCUGCUGGAAGGGCCAGAAGGAAUUCCUCAUCAGUGUUGGUGUUGGCUAAAGGCGAGUCUGUCUGCCUGUCACACGGUGACCAAUUUUUCCUUGCUGCAAGCCCUAAGUGCCUUGUCAGUGUGAUAAUACCUGGCUGUGGCAGUAGCGAGUCCAAGAAGACACAUUGUGCUGCCAGAAGAGAGGUAGGGGGAGAAGUAUUAGCGGGAGGAGCAGCAGAUGGGGGAGAGGAGGUCACAAGGGGAGACGAUAGAAGCAGCAAUGCUAGUAAGGAGAAGACGAGGGAGGGUGGGAGGUUGGCAGGGGAGGAGGAGGAAAGAGAUGGGAGCGAGGAGGAUAGAAGAGUCACUGAUACAGUGCGGGAUCACAUGCGAGAGGAUGGGAGGAUGAGCGGUGAUGAGCGCGAGGGUGACCAGAGAGAGGAAUCUCACAUGCUCGAAGAGAGGCACGGUGGGGCGGGAGGGAGAGAGGAGAUUGGGAUGAGCGAACAGGCGAUGGGAGUGGAGGGCGUUGGGGUGAAGAGAGUGAGGGAGGUGGCGAUGAGGGAUGCGUUGUGUCUGGACGCAGUAGGGGUGGGAGGGAAACGCGGAAUGAGGGUUAAGUGGAGGGCAAGGAGGUUUGUGUUGGAUUCGGAAAGGCAGGAAGACGAGUGGCAGGAGGAGGAGGAAGAGGAAGAGGAGGAAGAGGAGGAGGAGAAGCGGGAGGCGGGUAUGGAGGAGGUGGUGGUGAGUCUUACGGGGUAUGAAGGACUCAUGCGCUCGUCUGUGAAGCUCAUGAUCCAAGCCUUAGGAGCGCAGCUCAUGCGCGACUUCGCUUCACAUCUCAGCACACACCUGCCUGUUCCUGAUGUCUCCCAGGUUGCUCCUGAUAGUCCUCAGUUGAAAACAGCAGAGGAGAGAAAGGGGGGACAGGAGGAGAGGGAAACGGAUUCGGGAGGGAGGGAACCAGAGCGGGGGGGGAGAAAUGCAAUUGAUGCUGGACGUGUGGCGGAGGAAGGAGAGAUAUUCAUUGAUAAAAUCCCAUUAUCUCCUGACAUUGGGGGGGGUUCUCACAACAGACCCCUUGACUGCACGCUCGGCCAGCUGGCUUCUGAGGGAGCAGAAGGAAACCGAAUGUUCCAGCCAUCUGUUGCUGCUGUUGCUGAGAAUCCUGGAGAGGAAGCUUGUAACGAGGAUGAGGGAUCUGACAGCUCGUUUCAGCAAGCGCGGAUGCUGCUGGCGUCUCUUUGGAGACCAAGAGAAGAAGAGGGAGAUGGGGGUAUGCUGGUGGAUAGGCGGAGAGAGCAGCAGGAGGUGACUGGUGAGUUGGCUGAAAGGGCUUGGAGAAGGGAGGGAGCAGAUGGGGAGUUGCUUGUGGGUAGGCAGAGAGGCGACGGGACACUAAGGGAUGUGAGCCAAGUGGAAGAGGAUGUGGUGCAAGAGGAUUUUAGGCUUGCGGACGUGACUGAGGAGGGUGUGAGGGAAGAGGGUGAGGAUGUGAUACAAAGGGAUGUGAGACUUGAGCAUGCGGGGCAGGAAGAGGUGGUGGUUGCUGCGAGGGGAGAGGAAGUGGCAGAAGAGGGCGUGGGGAGAAGGUCAGGCAGGAGAGACAGGAUGGGAGUGCUUCCACAGCAAGAGCGAUCAGGCACUGGUGAUGUGAUUAAGGGGAAGCGAAUGAAAAGCGGAGGUGAGGGGAGUGAUGAGCAGGGUGGGAGAGGUUUGUGGGAGGAUGAAGAAUGUGAGGAACGGAAGGUUGUGGCAGAGGAGAAAGAGGAAGAGGAGGAAGAAGAGAAGGAGAAAGAGGAGGAGGAAGAAGCCGAGGAAGAAGAGGAAGAGGAGGAGGACGAGAUUGAGUUUACACAGCGUGUGCCUGAGAACCCCGUGAGGAGGGAUGGCAUGGCAGGGAGCGAGUCGGAGAGAUCAGAGGAUGAGAAAGGGGAUGCAAACGCCUGUGCUGUAGGGGGGACGCAUACAGGUGAUGUGCGUCAAGACCACAACAAGCAUGGUCACGCAGCGACAGCUGGCAUGUUGGCCGAUGACGUGGCGCCACCUGGCAGCCCGGCACGUGGCGACGAAGGGGCCAGUGGCGGGCUGACACAUGGCAAGUCCGUUUGGACGCUGGAGGCGUUUCUGGGAAGGAAGGUGGAGCCUAGAAGACCGUUGAGAACAGCAGAGGUGGGAGUGGGAGCGGUGAGAGAGGCAGCAGAGGGUAGAAUACCGGAGCUGCCUCUCUUGCGAGAGGGGACUGUGGGGCAAGCGGAUGCAGCAGCAGGUGGUGCAGGUGGUGCAGGUGGUGUGGCAGCAGGGGUAGCAGGGGUAGGUGCAGCUGUGGGGGGAGCAGCAACAGCAGAGCCUGACGGGAAUCAGAAUCAAAAGCCACGCUUUCGCACACCCACCAAGGUGGUACUUGAUGGGAGCCUGAAGGCAGUGGGGCUUGCCCGCACGCCACCCAGGGCAGCAUUUGCGAGUCCCAGUGGCGGGUGUGCGUGUGCCAUCUGCCAGGAGGACACUCCGGCCACGCAGAUUGGUGUGCUGCCCUGCAUGCACGCCUUCUGCUACACCUGCGUCUUCAAGUGGGCUGAGAGUGCGGCCACAGCCAUUCCGUGCUGUCCUCUUUGUAAGGAGCCCUUCGAAUUCAUUAGAGUGCGCAACAAGAGGGCCAGCAGGGAAGCAGCUGCAGCUGCCAAGCGCACCAGUCUCCCUGCUGCUGCUGCUGCUGCUGCUGCUGGUGAUGGUGCUGCACCUGUGGAUGAAGAUGGUGGGGACGGGGAGGAAGAGCGCAUUGUGAUGGUGCCAACUCGCAAGAGAAGGGCGCCCACGGAUGAGUCACCACUCGAUACCAUGGUGUGCUGUGUGUGCCAGUCGGGUGCAAUGGAGGAUCUGCUACUUCUGUGUGACGGCUGCAACCACUUAGGAGCACACCACACCUUCUGCCUCGAACCGCCGCUCCCCGCCGUGCCCUCAAGCCAGGAGCCCUGGUUCUGCCCCGCUUGCUCUGAGAGAAGGACUCCUCGACGGACACGCCGCCGCCUUCAAGUGGAAAGGCAAGCAUCAGCAGGUACUAGAGGCCGAGCAGCAGCACGUGCGAAUGGACAGCAGCGGGGGCUUAGGAGCACGGCCCAAGUAAAUUCGCCUCAGCCUGUGGGAGGGCUUGAUGCUGACUUCGCAAGCAGCAUUCUUGGGAGCGCGUUUGGGGACAGGACGAGCUCCUGGAGCGGGUUCGCCGUCAAGUCGGUUCAAGAGCUGUCGGAUCACGCAGUUCAGCCGUCUCUGGAGAUCUGCAUAGUCGGCAGGUGUGACGGUUUGCCGGUCAUGCUGACGGAAACGGUGCAACUGACGGCCAGACGGAAGAACCACUGGAAGGCAGGUCUGGACGCAAUUCCCGAGGUUGAGGAACCCGACCGGAUGCAUGCCAGGGCGAUGGCUCUCGACGAGGAUCAGCGGAAAGUCGUCGUUUUUCAGGAAAAUUACAAUGGUUCUGAGAAGCAGCCGAGCCAGUUUCCAGGAUUCUACGAUCUCCCUGCAGGCUAUGUUGAAAAUGAGGAGGGUAAUGGCGAGCUUUCCUGGUUCAAUGCUGGAGCACACUGGGAGUUGGUUCCUGGUCUGCCGCUAACGGAGGAGAUCGCAUCGCUGAAUGGCGGAGUUCGCAUCGCUGAAUGGCGGAGCUUGCGGACACGUCGACGUUCGAGCGCUUUUCAUCUAAUGCUGGUGGGAACGGUUCCUGGUCUGCCGCUAAUCCUGGCUGAUCCUGGCGCUGCUGGAGUGCUGCUGGCUGAUCCUGGCGCUGCUGGAGUGCUGCUGGCUGAUCCUGGCGCUGCUGGAGUGCUGCUGGCUGAUCCUGGCGCUGCUGGAGUGCUGCUGGCUGAUCCUGGCGCUGCUGGAGUGCUGCUGGCUGAUCCUGGCGCUGCUGGAGUGCUGCUGGCUGAUCCUGGCGCUGCUGGAGUGCUGCUGGCUGAUCCUGGCGCUGCUGGAGUGCUGCUGGCUGAUCCUUGCACUGCUGAGGUGGACGGGCUUUUUGCUGAGGUGGACGGGCGCGGUGGGAUGACCACUGGCGUGGGGCUGCCUCUACCCGCCCUGCUGACCACCGCUCGUGGAGCAGCAAGGCAACACUGCAUCUCGUGGCCAGCAAAGCAACUGGGAAGUGCCUUUCCCCUCGCCUUCCCUUCUCGUCAUUCGUUUCGUUUCGUCAUUCGUUUUCCGCACCUCGUUCUUCACUCCAUCCAACCAUGGGUUCUUCACUCGGGAGGAGCAGAGGAGCCUGCAGAGAACAGCAGCAGCGACUCGAGAGGACGGCAGCAGAGGGACGGAGAAGCGAGCGGUGGGAUGACGCACGGCCGGCAGCCACACGGCUGCCUCCUACCCGCCCUGCUGACCACCCGCUCUGUUCGAGGCGGGCUCUCCGGGCAAGAUGGCUCGGAGACAAGGCGGCAGCACUUCAGCAGAGGUGUAGUGCGGUGUGGAAUGGUAUGGUGCGGCAUGAGGAGGAGGCAGACAUUUCGGGCAACGAGCCGGCGCGGAGGCAAGGUGGCGGCACUUCAGCAGAGGUGUAGUGAGGUAUGGAAUGGUAUGGUGGGGCAUGAGGAGGAGGCGGACAGUUCGGGCAACGAGCCGGCGCGGAGGCAAGGUGGCGGCACUUUAGCAGAGGAGGACACUUGGAGCAAGGAGGUAAGCAUGCGACUUUUGGGGAAAGGAGGAGGAGGCAACCAGGCGGCACUUCAGGUGAGGGGACGAGGUGGCAAGGCGGCGGCACUUGAGACGAGGAGGCAACACGUCCAGCAAGGGGGAGUCUACAGCGCCAUCGACAUGCAAGUCUACAGCGCCAUCGACAUGCAAGUCUGCAGCGCCAUCGACAUCAAGGAGGGCAAAGCAGCAGCUUGGAGGCGAGUCAACACCAUCACCGACUGUGCUCAAGAUUCAUUGGAUCGGAGCGGAGCAGCAGAGGAGGAACAGGAGCAGCCGCUUCUGCUCUUCUCUUGUAAGCCUCUUUUCUCGACUUGA